AUGAUAUCAAACAUGAAAUAUCUCCUGUUUUCUCUCUUCUUGCCUUUGGUUUCUUCGUUGAUAAUUAACACUACACCACAAAUAGGUUCAUUGAAUAGGAAUUAUUUUCCCAAUGGCUUCAUAUUUGGUACAUCAUCUUCUGCGUAUCAGUAUGAAGGUGCAUCAACUGAAAGUGGAAGAGGGUCAAGUAUAUGGGAUACUUUCGCUCAUACUUAUCGAGAUAAAAUCAUGGAUGGAAACAAUGGAGACGUUGCGCUUGAUUCGUAUCAUCGAUAUAAAGAAGAUGUUGGAAUUAUGAAAGAUAUGAACUUGGAUGCAUAUAGAUUUUCUAUAUCUUGGUCUAGAUUACUUCCAAAAGGAAAACUAAGUGGAGGAGUUAAUCAAGAUGGAAUCGAUUAUUACAACAAUCUCAUCAAUGAAUUGUUGGCAAAUGGUUUACAACCAUUUGUAACUCUUUUUUAUUGGGAUCUUCCUCAAUCUCUAGAAGAUGAAUAUGGAGGCUUCUUAAGCCCUCUCAUCAUAAAAGACUUCCAAGACUACGCAGAACUUUGCUUUAAAACAUUUGGAGACCGAGUAAAACACUGGAUAACAUUGAAUGAGCCAUGGAGUUAUAGUCAAAAUGGUUAUGCAAACGGCGAAAUGGCACCCGGUCGAUGUUCUUCGUGGUUGAAUCCAAAUUGCACCGGUGGUGAUUCUGGAACAGAACCUUAUUUGGUUGCACAUUAUCAACUUCUAGCUCAUGCAGCAGCUGUUAAUGUGUACAAAACCAAAUAUCAAAUCUCUCAAAAUGGUUUCAUUGGUAUCUCAUUGCUCAUUACUUGGUUUGUUCCACUCUCAGAUAACAAACUUAAUCAAAAAGCAGCUGAAAGAGCUACAGAUUUUAUGUUUGGAUGGUUUAUGGACCCCUUAACAAAUGGAGAUUAUCCAAAAACCAUGAGAGGUUUGGUCAAAUCACGAUUACCAAAGUUUAGUAAAGAACAAUCUAGAUUACUGAAUGGCUCAUUUGAUUUUAUUGGCAUAAAUUAUUACUCUUCUGGUUAUGCUUCUGAUGCCCCUCAAUUAAGAAAUGCCAAUGCUAGCUACCUAACAGACUCUCUUUCUCAAAUUUCAUUCUCGCGUAAUGGAAAAUCUAUUGGUGUAAAUGUUGCUUCAGAUUGGUUGUAUGUUUAUCCAAAAGGACUUCGUGACCUUUUGAUAUAUACUAAAGAAAAGUACAAUAACCCUUUAAUUUAUAUCACUGAAAAUGGUAUAAAUGAGUACGACGAUCCAUCAUUAUCACUUGAGGAAUCUCUUCUUGAUAUUUAUAGAAUUGAUUAUUAUUAUCGUCAUCUCUUUUAUCUUAGAGAUUCAAUUAAGGCUGGUGUAAAUGUAAAGGGAUAUUUUGCAUGGUCUUUAUUGGAUAAUUUUGAAUGGCAUAUGGGUUAUACUAUGAGAUUUGGAAUCACAUUUGUAGAUUACAAAAAUGGUUUAAAAAGACAUCAAAAGCUUUCAGGAUCGUGGUUCAAGAAUUUUCUCACACCAGACACCAAACUUUAUAUAGAUUCCAUUUAG